AUGGAGAUUGUUGAGCUUCUCGUGACCAAGUAUGCGGUGAACAUCAACGAGGGCCAUAGAGGCAACAACACGGCUCUGCACACGAUUGCACGUGGACAUCACUGGUGGCAGGGGGCACAGGCCUUACCGUUUCUUAUAAAAUCCGGAGCAGAUAUUGAAAGUCGAAAUUUGUCCGGGCAAACACCGCUGCACCUAGCGCUGGACAGAAAAAAGGGUGGUGCGCUGGGCGAGCUUGGCCCUUUCCACAAGGAUGUUGCGGAGGCGUUGAUCAAUGCCGGGGCCGACAUGAAUGCUAUCGAUUCUAAAGGGCAAAGCUGCCUCGACGUGGCGGGCUACAGCACCGAACUGAUCGAUUUACUCAUAAGCAACGGAGCAGUAAUACAUGCCAGCUCGAUUUUUUCGGCGCUCAAAGCUGACAACAGCACCGCGCUGGAGAAGCUGCUGAACGGAGGGGCGGACGCGAAUGGCCGCAUGCCAUUUGUCGAAGAUGAUCUCCGGGAAAAGGAUGAUAUGGAUGGGUUCUGCCUAGGUGACAGCAGGAUGACGUUUGAUACUGCGCUGGUACCUCAUCAUGAAAUUGUUCCAGUCUAUUAUAUGGCGUCGAAAUCGGCAUUUCCGGAAGAUGCGGAUAUGCGAAGCUGUUUCAGAAAACUCUUGGAGCACGGGGCAGAUAUUUAUGCGCCUUUCCAGGUGCAGCCAGAAGCACACAGCUUCAGAGGGUCAACCCGUCAGGAGGAUUAUAAUAGGAUGCUGGGGCUUGCGGACGAGCAUGCGACUGCACCAGAAGAGCGCAGCGUUUUGCAUGAACUUGUUCGUCUAGGGAAACUGAGCAAAUGCAUCAUCGAUGCUGUGGACAUUAACACGGGUUGCCGGGAUCCCAAAGGUUGCACUCUUCUGCACGCCGUGUGCGAUAGCUGGAAUGGCCCAGACAGCGUGAUUGAUAUGACGUCGGAUGACGAUGACGAUGACGAUGGCGAAGAAGAAGUUGCAGACCAGAGAAAGGAGGGGCACAUGACGGCAUUCCAGCAGCUGCUGACUCUUGGGUGCGAUAUUAGGGCACGCGACAACAGCGGACAGAGUGUUGUGCACCACAUGAUCUAUCGAGGUUGGAAGUAUCCAGAGAAGCUAGGACGCUUGGAAAAGUCCAUGGCGGAGGUUGCGCGUCUUGCGCCCGAGCUCCUCAACGCGCCGAAUGCUUCAGGAAACACCCCCUUCCAUUAUAGCGCUUUGCUGACGGCAUCUGCUCGGCGACCCGCGGCGGUCAGUCGGGAGGGGGACGAGCCCCGACGGACGGAGCAGACCGCCAUGGUCAACCUCACGCGGCUGCUGCUGCGCCUGGGCGCCAGCCCGGCCGGCGUCAACGACGACGGCAACAGCGUGCUGCACUUUCUCGCGCCGAACCUGGACCGGUACGACGUGACGGCGUUGUUUACGGAGCUGGUGCGCGACCACGGGCUCGACGUCAACGCGCGCAACGGGCUCGGGGAGACGCCGCUGACGCACCUGGCGAACCGAACGGGCGCCCUGCUCCGGCUGUGCGGAGGCGGACAGCCCCAGCUGUGUCCGGACGACUAUGCGGCGGCCGAGGCCGUGGCGGCGCUGAAGGCGCUGGGCGCGGACUUUGGGGUCGUGGACGCGCGGACGGGCGACGGCCUCUUGCACCUCGCGGCCACGGACGCGGUGCAGCUCUUCAAGGCCGUCAUGGACUGCGGUGGACUGGACCCCGCGAGGGAGAACAAGGCCCAUCAGACGGCGAUUGAUGUGGCGGCAACGUACAAUAACAAGGAGAUACUGGCCCUGUUUGAAAAGAAGGUGUAG